GAUCUUGGCCCCACCCCUCGCACGCUACCACUCGCCUGGAGUCUGCGCCUUUCGCCACCGCAGAUGUUGCUUCCGCGGGGAGCCAUGGCUACUUUCCGCCUGGCCCUCAUCCAGCUUCAAGUUUCUUCCAUCAAAUCAGAUAACAUCACCCGAGCUUGUAGUCUUGUCCGAGAGGCAGCAAAACAAGGAGCCAAAAUAGUUUCCCUUCCGGAGUGCUUUAAUUCUCCAUAUGGCACGAAAUAUUUUCCUGAAUAUGCAGAGAAAAUUCCUGGUGAAUCCACACAGAAGCUUUCUGAAGUAGCAAAAGAGUGCAACAUAUAUCUCAUUGGAGGCUCCAUCCCUGAAGAGGAUUCUGGGAAAUUAUAUAACACCUGUGCUGUGUUUGGACCUGAUGGAAGUUUGCUAGUAAAGCACAGGAAGAUCCACCUGUUUGACAUUGAUGUUCCUGGGAAAAUUACAUUUCAAGAAUCUAAAACACUGAGUCCUGGUGAUAAUUUUUCCACGUUUGAAACUCCUUACUGCAAAGUGGGCCUGGGUAUCUGCUAUGACAUGCGCUUUGCAGAGCUUGCACAAAUCUACGCACAGAGAGGCUGCCAGCUGUUGGUAUAUCCUGGAGCUUUCAAUUUGACCACAGGACCUGCCCACUGGGAGCUGCUUCAACGAGGCCGGGCUGUAGAUAAUCAGGUUUAUGUGGCCACAGCCUCCCCUGCUCGGGAUGACCAAGCCUCCUAUGUGGCGUGGGGACACAGCACGGUGGUGAAUCCUUGGGGGGAGGUCCUAGCCAAAGCUGGCACUGAAGAAACGAUUCUGUAUUCCGACAUAGACUUGAAGAAGUUGGCUGAAAUACGUGAGCAAAUACCCAUUUUUAAACAGAAGCGAUCAGACCUUUAUGCAGUGGAAACAAAAAACCUUAAGAUAUGAUACUGCACACGAACAGCUAUUAAAUUCUUCAUAUAUUUUU